UUCUCGUGAAACUUUGCGUUUGCAUUUGAAAUGAAGGUAAAGUUAUAGAAAGCAUGUAUUGAUAACACAUUUUCCAGAGAGAAUAUUGGGGACUAAAGAAGAAGACACCAGAAGGCCACGAAGAGUUGCUCGAAUUCGAUGAUAUAAGGUACAACAUGGACUACUUCGAGGCGGCACCUAGAGAUUUGAAACCUGGAAUUAAGAUACUGAAUGUGUCUAAAAAUUAUGGAAAAGAACUUGCUCUCGCUGAAGUCAGUUUUAAUGUAUACCAAGGAGAAAUAACCGUUCUACUCGGACACAACGGCGCGGGGAAAACAACUCUAAUGUCUAUUAUAAUGGGUAAUUUAAAACCAACAGAAGGUAAAGUGCUCGUGGAAGGUUUGGACACCGUCACUCAAAAAGACAAAUUGCAAAGGAUCAUUGGUCUCUGUCCUCAACACAACUUGUUCUUCCCGUAUUUGUCUGUUAUGGAACACGUCAUGUUCUUCACUCUGUUAAAAGGCGUUGGCUAUGAAGAAGCUAAGAAAUCGUCACAAGAUCUUCUCAAACUAGUUGGAUUAGCUGAUAAAGCAUCCUGCCAGACCAGCCAACUGUCGGGUGGUAUGAAGCGCACACUACAACUGGCCUGCGCACUGGCCGGAGACGCCAAAGUACUGGUGCUCGAUGAACCCACUUCCGGUCUGGACGUGGAGACCAGGAGAAAGCUGUGGGAUCUUCUGCUCUCGCUCCGCGGCUCUCGCACAGUGCUACUGAGCACGCACUUCAUGGAGGAGGCGGAAGCGCUCGGAGACCGCGUAGCAGCACUGCACGCCGGCCGCCUGCGCUGCCACGCGACCACCAUGCACCUCAAGCGCGCGCUCGGAACCGGUUACCGACUCUCUUUCACCACAAUCGGACUACCAGACGAAUCAGCCAUCACCGCUGCCAUCAACUCGAAAAUACCGGAAGCCACAGUCAAUGAGACUUCUCUCAACUUCAUCUCAUACAACCUUCCAUCUAAGAACAGUGCUAAGUUUCCUGAACUUUUCAACUUCCUGAAGUUAAAAAAAUCAGAACUUGGCAUCGAUUGUAUCGGAAUAGGCGCCUCAACGCUAGAAGAUGUAUUUUUAAAAUUGUGCACUGAAGAUGCAGCGGAAUUAUUAAAUGACAUUGACAGGGGAAACGCAGAACCAGUCUUCAAAACUGUGACCGGACCGCGACUCUACCUGCGCCAACUGGCCGUGCUCUUCAAGAGACAGUUGAAGUACUACCGCUCAAAGAUGUCGCUUUUCCUAAUUGUAAAAGUUAUAAUACCUUUAAUGAUUAUUUACGGCUUAACCAUAAUGACCUGUCUGAAUGGACGUAGCAACGACCUUAAGGUUCUGAAUGUAUCUUUAAAUUUGGAUCUCUAUAACAAAAUGGCCGACCCCAGAGUGUUGUAUAGCAUUAAUGUAAGCGGAGUCAAUUUGAAGAUCAUCGAAAACAAAUAUCCGAAGGUUGACUUCGAAUUGGCACCAAAUGUUACUGCUGCUCUGCUCCGCGCUACUGACAAAAAUAUAUUGGAAUACAAUAAGUACUUAGUUGGGGUCCAGCUUAAUGAAACUGAUGCUACGGUGCUAUUCUCAACAGCAGAGCGUUAUACACCGCCCGUGGCACUGAACUUACUGACCAACAUGAUUGCAACUCGUUUGCUGCCGUACGCAGAUGGACAGACCGUCACUACGUAUAACUAUCCGAUUAAUAGACCCAAAGCUUACGAGUUUAAAGUAUAUAAAAAUUUCAUGCAUGGUGCUAUAUGGGCUGUUAUGGUAGUAUUCGUGACGCUGACGACGGUGGUGAGCGCGGUGUCGCUGCCGUGCGCGGAGCGCGCGAGUGGCACGCGCCACACACACGUGCUGUCGGGCUGCGCGCCCGCGCUGCACUGGGCCGCGACACUACUGACGCACGCGCUUAUAUACGCGCUCGUGCUCGUGCUGCCCGCCGUCGUCAUCUGCGUCGCCUUCGAGCGGGACCACACCAUCGACCGACCCGACUUCCUCGUCGCUUUUUCGGUAGUCUUCAUGCUAGGAAUAAUUUCAUUCCUCGCUUUGGCCUACAUCGUCAGCUUCAUGUUUAAGGAACGUGUCUCGUGCGUUGUACUUGUCUCUAUUACAUUUUUCUUCGUGCUGGUGAUGCCUUUCGUGGAGGUACUGAGAGGCUAUAAUAUACAGCGGACAGGAUUGAAGGUUUACGAAUUUAUCGACUACUUCCUGUUAUUACUGAGCUACGGGGUCCCUCCAUAUUCACUCACAAACGCAGCCAAACGAUGCGUUGACAUCGCCGCUUAUAACGCUAGACACACACACGAGAAACUUCAAUGCUACUUUUGCUUUGAAGGCGAAGCUCCUGGAGGGUACAUGCUGGCGAUGAUGGCGCAAGCCCUUGUUUUCAUGGCUAUAGUGAUUCUAGCUCAGUACGGCGUAUUCAACACAAUGUGUGACCGAAUUCUGAACCUGAAGUAUAGAACCUCGCCGUUAACUAAUUCGGAUGAGGCAGUUCACGUCGAAAGACAAUACGUCGAGAAGACUAUCAAGCUGCGCGGCUGCUGGAGUUUUCGCGUUAUUUCUAAUAAUAAUUUAUUUACAGCUAAGAAUCAAAUCCAAGAUGCGAUGUUAGUUAACAAUCUCCACAAGAAAUAUUGGCGCAUCUUCUACAGCCCUUGCAAUCCCGUUAAAGGGGUCAGCUUUUCGGUUAAAAAAGGAGAAUGUUUCGGUCUUGUGGGCGUCAACGGUGCGGGAAAGUCGAGCAUGUUCAAGAUGAUGACGGGCAUCGAGGUCCCCACACGUGGGUCCCUGUACGCUAAUGGACACUUUAAGACAGGAUUAUCAACUAACUAUCUGCGGUCGCUCGCAUACUGCCCUCAGUCCUCUGGUCUCGACAGGUUUCUCACGGGUUACGAAAGUUUGGAGUUAGUUUUAACGUUGAGAGGUCUUGAACAAUCAGAUGUCAUAAAAGAAGCCAAAGCUAUGAUCAAAGUCAUUGGUCUCGAGAAGUAUGCGAACAACGUCGUGUCAGACUACUCGGGUGGCUGUGAGCGGCAGCUGGCGGCGGCGGUGGCGCUGAGUCGCGGGGCGGCCGUGACGCUGCUGGACGAGCCCACCGCCGGGGUGGGCGUGGCCGCGCGCCGCAGGGUGUGGGCCGCGCUGUUGCGGGCGAGGACGCAGCGCGCCGUGGUGGUCACGUCGCACAGUAUGGACGAGAUGGAGGCGCUGUGCGGGCGGAUCGCUAUCAUGGUGGGCGGGAGGGUGCGCGCGCUGGGCGUCCCGGCGGCGCUGCGGGCCGCGCACACCGCCGGACACGCCGUCACGCUUAAACUGGCCACGUUCGGAGCCACGAACAUUGCUGACAGUACCGAUUACAGCAAAAUGCUUGUAAGAUUAAAAGAAACUCUCAAAAUGCGACUCCAUUGGACAUUACGACAGGAACAAAAGACGAUGCUCCACUUCUACAUUAACUACACAAUGAGAUAUAGCAACCUAUUCUCGGAGCUGGAACAACUCAAAAUUCAAUUUUCUAUAAUCGAAGACUAUUCCGUGACCGAAACUACUCUGGAGGAAGUGUUCCUGACCGUCACGAGUAAGAUGUACAAUGAUGGACCGUUGCCUGUUUAGAUAUAUUUGGUAUUAACCUUUUUUUAUUAAAUUCUAUGAGGUUAUAUGUAUGAUAUGUAA